AAGGACACUAAGCCAAUGAGAACUUGACUACACUGUUCCCGGGUGUGAUUUCAUUUUGAUGCGACUUCGAGACAGCGUUUGAAAAUGCUAUUCUAUUCGUUCUUCAAAUCCCUGGUGGGCAAGGAUGUCGUGGUGGAGCUCAAGAAUGACCUGAGUAUAUGCGGCACACUUCACUCUGUGGACCAGUAUCUGAACAUCAAGCUGACAGACAUCAGUGUUACUGACCCAGAAAAAUAUCCACACAUGUUGUCGGUGAAGAACUGCUUCAUCCGCGGCUCGGUGGUGCGCUACGUCCAGCUGCCCGCGGACGAGGUGGACACCCAGCUGCUGCAGGACGCUGCCCGCAAGGAGGCCAUGCAGCAAAAACAGUGACGGAGAUUGGACUGGGAGUGUGUGUGUGUGUGUGUGUGUGUGUGUGUGUGUGUGUGUGUGUGUGUGUGUGUGUGUGUGGAUGCUUGUAUGGUUGUUUGUUUUCCUUUUUUCUUCCAGUGUUUUCUUUAAGUUAUGCUUUCUGUGUGAGAAGCAUGGGUUGUACACGUUUAGAACCGACAUGAUUGACAUGAUUGACAGAGCAUAUUUGUAAAGAAAGGUUUCCCUCCAAAUUACGUUCAAUUUGUUUUGUCGAUAGGGAGUUAUAUCUUUGUGGUAAAUGUAUGGAAGUAAUAGAAGAAGAAUGAUUGCGUUCAUUACACUAUGGUGAAAUUAUGUUUGGUUUUUUUUUUACCCACCUCUGAAGAUUUUGUGAACAAUUAUACUCUGUACUUAGAUGUGACCUUCAACAGGGAUUUUCUCAUUUACUCAAAACUCAUGUAAAUUGUGUCUUUGUACCUUUUGAACGUAUUUUGUUCAUUUGAUUAAAAUAUCAAUCAUUUUGUAAUAAAGUUGAGGUAGAUGCCAACAAAUAAAUUGGCUGUAAAAAUUCUGCUGGUUUUUGUUAGUCAGCAUGUAUACUUUUGGACACAAUUAUAGCAAUAAACGCUCAUCCGAUA